AUACUUCACAGUAGUUAUUUACGUGGUGUACAUCCCCUACUACGCCGUCGUGCAAGCCGCUACACGUAGUACGCUCUAGUCGACUUGCGUUCAUUUGCCGACGGAACGCCGACGAGUUCGAAGCAUCGUUAGUUAAAAUCGGCCUGCAAACAUUACUACGAACUACGGCUAGUGGGCUUGCAAUUGUCAGUGAAAGUGUUUCAGCAUUUGCGAGUGUGUGUGAGUGUUUGUGUGCAAAAGUGCACGUGAGCAAGUGAGUUUUUGAACGACUCUGUGUCUGUGUCUAAAGCGUCGGACGAUCGAAGAUGAUGCAGCAAAAGUGCCCGACUAUACCAGCGGUGUUUGCUGAGGCGGAUGUGUUCAUUACCGGGGGUACGGGAUUUAUGGGAAAAGUGCUUAUCGAGAAGUUGUUGCGAUCAUGUCCCCAGAUUGCUCGUGUUUUUGUGCUGAUGCGUGCUAAAAGGGGCAAGUCACUCGAGGAUCGUCUAAAACUGAUCACAGAUGGUGUGCUAUUUGAUAUGCUAAAGCGCGAGAAUCCAGAAGUGCUAAAAAAAAUACAGCCGAUCGAAGGUGAUUGCACGAUGUUGAAAUUGGGCAUGUCCCCCGAAAGUAUGGAACGCAUGAAAGAUGUGCAAUUUGUGUUCCACGCAGCAGCUAGUGUACGCUUUGAUGAUCCGUUGAAAGAUGCCAUCUUGAUCAACACUCGCAGCACACGGGAAGUUUUAGAUUGGGCCAAAACACUUCGUAAACUCCGAGCUGUUGUACAUGUUUCAACAACAUACUGCAAUCCGGAGCUGAUGCACGUGGAAGAGAAGAUCUACCCACCAAAGAUGGAUUGGAGGGAAGCGAUUCGUAUGGCGGAAAUGUUUGAUAACGCUCUCUUGGAAACAGUGAAAGAAAAAUUAACGCAGUUUGCCCCAAAUACCUACACCUAUACCAAAGCACUAGCUGAACAGAUCUGCUAUGAGUACCGCAACGACAUCCCACUCGUCGUUUUUCGACCGUCUAUUGUGACCAAUACAGAAACUGAGCCUCUCAUGGGAUGGGUGGAUAAUUUCAAUGGUCCCAUAGGAUUGCUGCUUGGCUGUGCCUCCGGUGUAGUAAGGACAGGAUUGCUCGAUCUAGAGAAACGUAUCAACUGCAUUCCAGUUGAUGUUAGCAUUAAGGCAAUCAUCGUAGCUGCCUGGAAACGGGCUACUACAGAUGAACAGGGAACACUUCCGGUGUACAAUAGUGCCGCGGAGCCUGAGAAGACGAUAAACUACGGCACAAUGUUGUACGACGGUAAAGUGCUAUUCGAUCGCACACCUUUGAGCAACAUGCUGUGGGCUCCCGGCGGCACUACAACUUCAAAUAAGUACUGCUUCUAUCUCGUAUUUUUCUGUUGUCAAUUGCUGCCGGCCAUAAUUGUGGAUACUCUAUUGCGAGUUGCCGGGAAGGUACCAUUUUUGCUGAGGCUGAAUCGUAAAAUUUUCGACGCACAAGUUUCCCUAAGAUAUUUCAUGAACAACGAAUGGGUAUUUAAAACCGAGAAUUUCAAGGAGCUUGAGUAUACAUUAACUGCUGACGAUAGAAAGGACUUUUCAACCAACUAUUUCGUGCGUGGAAUGAUGGAGUACUACGAAAGUGCUAUUCUUGGCGGCCGGCGAUACCUGCUGAAGGAGCCAGAUGAAAAUAUUGCCUAUGCAUUGAAAAAAUACAAGCGUUUGCGGGUGUUGAAUUAUACGCUAAAAUUUGCACUAUCAUUCUUGAUUGUGUAUUUAAUAUACAACAAGUACAUAGUGUAACAAAAGGAUAGAAAAGUUCUAGAUGUGUGCGUACUAGUACUCAGAGAUAAAAUGAUAAAGAAUAUGUGGACCAUAUACA